CAAAAAGACGAAGACCGCAUGCUAUGGUUGUUCGGAGAUUCUUCGAAUUCACGAUCUUAAAGUCAUAUGAUUCACAGCAAAUAUAGCAACAAAUAUCUCAAUUGGUAUUUUCCAAAGCCACGAAACAUGCAUUGAGUUUGGAGCGAUAUCUGAAGUGAAGAUUGAAGACGUGAUAGAAGAUGGACGACUACUGCUAUGCUAAGAUGGCGACGUCCGCUAAAAGAGAACAUGAAAGAGAAUCAGCGCCACCAACUUCCAGCAAAUCACCAACGGAGAUAAAGACGAAAGAUGAAGACGUCCAGCAGCUGAUCAGUAAUCCAGAAGAAGUUUCCCCUCAGUUAGGGGGGAGCUCCACUUUGAAGCAGGAGACUCCACAACCACCCUGCAUUAAAAAGGAAGAGGAGGAACUCUGCAUCACUCAGGAGGGAGAGUGUCUUCUAGGACGAGAGGAAGCUGAUUACACCAAGUUUCCACUGAGUAUUCUCUCUGUGAAGACUGAAGAUGAUGAAGAGAAACCACAAGUAGACAACCUCUUAGCUCCACUAUCAGAUAGUGACACUGAAGAUGAUGUUGAAGAACCUUUAAGCAGCGAUACAGACUGUGAAGGUGAUAUGAGGACUCACAUUGACAACAAACACUCUGAAUGCUCUUCAAAGAAGAGAGGUAAAACAUGUUUGAGCUGCUCAGUUUGUGCUGAAUUUUUUACUAAAAGGAGUCUCUUGACUCAACACAUGAGAACACACACAGGUGAAAAAACAUGUAAGUGUUCAGUUUGUGGCAAAAGCUUUUCUGUUAAGAGAAGUUUGACUCAACACAUGAGAACACACACGGGAGAAAAACCUUUUAACUGUUCAGUUUGUGGCAAAAGCUUGACUCGAAAUAGCCAUUUGACUCAACACAUGAGAACACACACAGGUGAAAAACCAUUUAACUGUUCGAUUUGUGGUGAAAACUAUUCUGUUAAGAGGAAUUUGACUGAACACAUGACAACACACACAGGAAAAAAAACAUUUAAUUGUUCAGUUUGUGGCAAAAGUUAUUCUAUUAAGAGGAGUUUCACUGAACACAUGAGAACGCACACAGGCGAAAAACCAUUUAAUUGUUUAAUUUGUGGAAAAAGUCUUUCUGUUAAGAGGAAUUUGACUGAACACAUGAGAAAACAUACAGGAGAAAAGACAUUUAGUUGUUCCGUUUGUGGCAAAAGGUUUUUUGGUAAUAGUAGUUUGACUCAACACAUGAGAACACACACAGGAGAAAAACCUUUUAACUGUUCAGUUUGUGACAAAAACUUUUCUCGAAGUAGCCAUUUGACUCAACACAUGAGAACACACACAGGAGAAAAACCAUUUAACUGUUCGAUUUGUGGUCGAAAUUAUUCUGUUAAGAGGAAUUUGACGGAACACAUGACAACACACACAGGAGAAAAACCAUUGAAUUGUUCAGUUUGUGGCAAAAGCUAUUCUAUUAAGAGGAGUUUGACUGAACACAUGAGAACGCACACAGGAGAAAAACCAUUUACUUGUUUAAUUUGUGGCAAAAGCUUUUCUGUUAAGAGGAAUUUGACUGAACACAUGAGAACACACACUGGACUAAGUACCAAAACAGCUCUUCGUGUCGACACAUGAGAACACACAAAGGAGAAAAAACAUUUAGUUGUUCAGUGUGCUGCAAAAGGUUCCCACAUAAUGCAGUCCCCGUAAAACACAUGAGAACACACAAGCGAAAAUAACAAAUUAGCUGUUUAGUUUGUGGUAUGUUGCUCAUAUGUGGUGACAUCCACCCUACCCAGGACCUCCUCACUGCUUCUUUCACAAAUAUCUGAGGUAUUCAUACAAACUUGGAUUAUUUGGAGCAUAAUCUUAUCUAGUCAUGACCCCAUGUCUUCUCUGUAUCUGAAACCUUCCUGAACAGUAAGACAGAUCAGUGGUUCUUAACCUGGGUUCGAUCGAACCCUAUGGGUUCGGUGAGGCGGCCUCAGGGGUUCGACAGAGCCUCUGCCGCAGCGGUCAAGACACACCAGACUCAUCGUGUAAAUAAAAACUUCUCCCUAUCGAUGUGUCUGUACUGUAAAGUUAAAAUUUUAAUGACAAUAAAAAAGAAGUCUAAGUAUUAUGGAUACCCCCAAACAAUGUUCCCUCUAAUUGUGUAAUUUGUUGUGAGUUCAUGCGCUGUGUUGGUUUCGUUCUUUUAACAAGGUGAUGUUCAUGCACGGUUCAUUUUGUGCACUAGUAAAAAAACAUAUAACUUUGUCUUGAAUUUGAU